CAGUACGACCGUUCAAGAACCACAUUAGUUGUUUCGUAUAUCAGGAAAUUGUUAGUUUUUGUAUAAAAUGGCCAUCGUCAACAGAUGCUGCUGUGCGGACAAUGUCCGAGCCGGGUCUGCAUUAUCAGCCUUUUACACGGUGAUUUCCUGUACUGUGUUCUUAGGAUUUGCAGCAGCCCAACUUAAAUCCUACGUUGCAUCUUUCGUUUUGUUCAAUUUAGCUUCAAACACAGAAGCGGAUUUACUCUUCAUGGCUUCCAGUUCGUACGUGGCUUUGUUGAGCUGGAUUAUAGUGUGCUCCGUACUUGUCCUUUGGGGCACUGCAAAGGAUAACCGUUGGUUUCUGUUGCCCUACAUGAUCACGAUGCCGGUCUUGAUUCUGGUGCAGUUAGCUUCCAUCAUCUUCAUCAUUGUAGUUGUACUCGGCGGGUCUGUCUACUAUUUUGGCUCGGCCUACGUGUACGUCGUCUUAGGCGUCCAGACCCUUCUCAUGGCGCUUAAUGUGUCCUGUUUUCUGACUGUGACGUCCCAAUACCAGGAGCUGAGAGAUGGCAGGGGAACAAUUGAUGAUGUUAGAGGGAGGACGACGAACACUAACCACCAACCCUUCGGUGGCAUACUGGCUCAGCAAGCACAGGGUUUCCCCAUGCAGGGACAACCUCUGAAGUAAAGGAGUCACCUAUAUUUAUUAUUGGCCUGACAGGAUAGGGGAUCACCUACAAAAAUGUGUCCAUUGCGAAUAUGUAACUAUUGAAGAUUACCUGAGCACAUGAGACCGAUACCAUAAGUUGCUAUUUCGCAAAUACAUCUGUUAUCAUGUUCCCAUAAUGUCUUUAAAGACUUAAUGCGUACAGCAGACAUUUUGUGGUAUGCUGCACAUGCGAAGAUGUUUAUAUUCAGUUCAAUUUGUGAAUAACAUUUUUUCUCAACUACCUGAAAUUAUUGUAUUUUAAUUUGGGAAUAUCUGAGGAACACAUGAUUCCAUAAAACUGGGCUUUCGAAUUGCGAACUUAUUCUUUAUUUCUUUUAAGCAAUUAAAUUAAAUUUAUCUAAAUAUAAUUUGUAUACGCAAAAUAACAUUUAAUAUUUUGUAUGUAUCUUUAUGUAGCCUGAAUCAAUGUUGAUGUAUAUUGGGUAAAAUGGUCAUUAUGUGGCGAUUAAAUCAAUAAUUAAACUUAUAUUGAACUUGUUUCUCAGAACAAAUAAAAAGGUGCGCAACUUCGCCAUACAAUUUCGAAAAGGUCGAUAGUAAAAAAAAAA